AUAAAAUCUCUGAGCCUCAGCUCAAACCCUAAUUCCCUUAAUACAUUUAACCAAGUGCUCAAAUGCCAGCCAUGCUUGUAGCCGCAGGGUCCCUGGCAGCUGCUUUCUGGGCAGCUCUCCAUCUCCGGACUCUGCUGCUGGCUGCUGUCACCUUCCUGUUCCUGGCUGACUACCUCAAAAGCCGGCGCCCCAAGAACUACCCUCCAGGACCGCCGCGGUUGCCCUUCGUGGGCAACUUGUUUCAGAUGGACUUUAGACAGUCGCACCUGGCAGUUCAGCAGUUUGUGAAGAAGUAUGGGAAUGUUAUCCGUCUUGAUUUCGGAAUCAUGUCUUCAGUGAUAAUAAGCAGCCUUCCCUUAAUCAAAGAAGCCUUUUCUCACCUGGAUGAAAACUUUAUCAAUCGCCCUAUAUUUCCUCUACAAAGUCAUAUCUUUAAUGAAAAUGGAUUGAUCUUCUCCAGUGGCCAGACAUGGAAGGAGCAAAGGAGGUUUGCCCUGAUGACACUGAGGAACUUUGGACUAGGAAAGAAGAGCUUAGAGCAGCGAAUACAGGAGGAGGCUCACUACCUUGUGGAGGCCAUAGGAGAGGAGAAAGGACAGCCUUUUGAUCCUCACUUCAAGAUCAACAAUGCAGUUUCCAAUAUCAUUUGCUCCAUCACCUUUGGGGAACGGUUUGAGUACCAUGACGGUCAGUUUCAGGAGCUGCUGAAGUUACUGGAUAAAGCCAUGUACUUGGGUACCUCCAUAAUGAUUCAUCUCUACAACAUCUUCCCAUGGAUAAUAAAACAUCUCCCAGGACAACACCAAACAUUGUUGGCUACCUGGAGAAAACUGAAAUCAUAUAUUGCUGAUAUUGUUGACAAUCACCGCAAAGACUGGAACCCUGAUGAACCAAGAGACUUCAUUGAUGCUUUCCUCACUGAAAUGGCAAAGUACCCAGACAAGACUACUACAAGUUUCAAUGAAGAAAACCUCAUCUGCAGUACUCUGGACCUCUUCCUUGCUGGAACAGAGACGACAUCCACAACACUGCGCUGGGCUCUACUCUACAUGGCCCUCUACCCAGAAGUCCAAGCAAAAGUACAGGCUGAAAUUGACAGAGUGAUUGGCCAGGAGAAGCAUCCCAGCCUGGCUGACAGAGACUCAAUGCCUUACACCAAUGCUGUCAUCCAUGAAAUUCAGAGAAUGGGCAAUAUUGUCCCUCUGAAUGUUCCCAGGGAAGUCGCAGUUGACACUACACUGGCUGGAUUCCAUCUGCCAAAGGGGACCACGGUUAUCACCAAUUUGACUGCACUGCAUAUGGACCCUAAAGAAUGGGCCACCCCAGACACCUUCAAUCCAGAGCACUUUUUGGAGAAUGGACAGUUUAAGAAGAGAGAAUCAUUUCUGCCAUUCUCAAUGGGAUGGAGACCUCUCAGAGCAGAGAUUGUAGAAGGAAAGCUAAGCAGUUUGUGCUGUGUGAGAGGACAGCACCUGCUGAGGGGACAGAAUGACCAGUCAAGGCACUGAUGCUCCUGGAUGCUGUAAGGGAAUAACUGAUGACUUCUGGGGCCAUCCCAGAACUCCGUAGGAGGACUGCUGGCUCUUGUCAAUUUGAUAACCAUAUCUUAGAUCCUCUUAUCUUGGCAUCUUCAUUCUUGAAAGGGAUGAUGGCCAGGUUUAGAUGUGCACUUUUUAAAUGAUAGGCUGUAUUCAUGCAAGAAUCUGACUCUAUGUUUAGGACAGGAGACAGAUACAAAAUGAAUGCAGAGACAUCAAGUAUUCUGUUUCUAGUUGCCAGGUAUGGAUGUGUAGACCCAAUUAAUAAUCUAGAACCUUUGCAAGGGCAGCCACUAUGUCCCUGACAUUCUUGUUAGGAACUCAUCUCUG